GAGCGCAUUGAUGACGCCACGAGGAAAACAGGAAGUGAGCCGUCAGGGAGCCGGCCUGGGGCGCGUAGUCUCGCCUUCUCCGCCGGGGAAUGAAUGGGUUCUGGCCGGUCGCUGGUGUGAGGCUGGACUCGGGCGCUGAGGCGUGAGCGGCGGGGCCAGCAUCGCGUCAUGGAGGACGACGCGCCGGUGAUCUACGGCCUAGAGUUCCAGGCACGUGCUCUAACACCUCAAACUGCGGAAACAGAUGCCAUUCGCUUCUUGGUUGGGACGCAGUCUCUUAAAUAUGAUAAUCAGAUCCACAUCAUAGAUUUUGAUGAUGAAAAUAACAUUAUAAAUAAAAAUGUCCUCCUCCAUCAAGCGGGUGAGAUCUGGCACAUCAGUGCCAGCCCAGCAGAUAAAGGCGUGCUGGCCACCUGCUACAACAAAACUUUAGACAGUCGAGUCCAGGCGUGUGCAGCUGUGUGGAGGAUGCCCAAGGAAUUAGAAUCCGGGAGCCACGAGUCCCCUGACGACCCUGCAAGCACUGCACAGACCCUGGAGCUGCUCUGUCACCUUGACAACGGGGCCCACGGCAACGUGGCCUGCGUCGUGUGGGAGCCAAUGGGGGAUGGGAAGAAGGUCAUUUCUCUGGCGGACAGCCACAUCCUGCUGUGGGACCUCCAGGCCAGCUCAAGUCAGGCAGUGCUGGCCAGCUCAGCAGCUCUGGAAGGAAGGGGACAGCUGAGGUUCACUGCGGGGCGGUGGAGCCCACACCACAACUGUACCCAGGUGGCCACAGCAAGUGACACCACCCUGCGAGGAUGGGACACCCGGAGCAUGAGCCAGAUAUACUGCAUCGAGAACGCUCAUGGGCAGCUGGUGCGUGACCUCGACUUCAACCCCAACAAGCAGUAUUACCUUGCCAGCUGCGGAGAUGACUGCAAGGUGAAGUUCUGGGACACACGGAAUGUCACCGAGCCUGUGAAGACCCUGGAGGAGCACUCCCACUGGGUGUGGAGUGUCCGCUACAACCACUCUCACGACCAGCUGGUCCUCACUGGCAGCAGCGACAGCAGAGUCAUCCUGUCCAACAUGGUGUCUAUCUCCUCAGAGCCCUUCGGCCACCUGGUGGACGAUGAUGACGUCAGUGACCCAGAGGAGCACCAUGCUGAGAAGAGUAAGGAACCCCUGCAGGACAACGUUAUUGCCACCUAUGAGGAACACGAGGACAGCGUGUAUGCUGUGGAUUGGGCCUCAGCUGACCCAUGGCUGUUUGCUUCCCUGAGUUACGACGGGAGGCUAGUUAUCAACAGAGUCCCCAGGGCACUGAAGUACCACAUACUGCUCUAGUGGCCUGUGGCACUGCUGGUUGGUACGUGGCAGGUUCUCACAAAUCUGCAGUGUGAGGUAAUUCCUUUUGCAGACCGAUGCCUCCGUGGGUGAGCCCAUGUCGCUUCUACAGAAGCUCUAAGGGACUUGUGGAGCGUCUGCCAGAAGCUCAUCUGAGGCCGUCAGCACAGUGCACAGCAUGGGAGGGAGCCAUGCUGGGUGUUCCUGCGCCACUGUGUGAAUUGAUGGUGUCUGUUUUCUGUUCUAAGGGUGUUGGGAGUUUAACUUUUCACAAGUGUGUUUCCACCUUGCUAUUCUCAUGAGAUUACAGACUGAAAUAAAGUGCAGGGGGAUGCACACAGCCUCCUUUCAGGCUCUCUGCCUCACUGAGGAAAUCA